GCGUCACUGGUUCUACUUGCUUUGUAGCUCCGCUGCGGCCCAGGCAAUCGUACCCCGAUAUAUAAAUCAACAGGGAGCCCGGGACGAACUACGAAACAUGGUGCACGGAAAGUCAUACAUCUGCACUCUCGAAUCUCUCAUCCAGAACUUUAUGCCGGAGCACAAGUCGACCUCCAAGAAGACCGUCAACAACAUCUUCGCUGGUGUCCCAACCACCUUCUCGUCGGAGAAGGCCAUGUACGGGUGCAUCGUUGAUCGACUCAACGGAUCUCACCUGUUUCCCGGGAGGAAGUUCGUAGCCACUCCGUACAAACCGGACAAGAGCGACGCGACGAAGCAAGCCAUCGACUGUGGGAUGUACGCAUCCGCUCAUGCUCCGAAGGAGGAAUGGACCGACCUUGGCGAGGAAUCCCGACGCUUGAACUGGUCGCGGCUGGAGCUCGGCAUCGAGUGUAAGGUCAAGGCGAACCUCGAUCCCUUCGACGAGUGGCAGGACGGCGACGAGCCGGUAGCUCAAGGAAGGAAGGACGUAUGGGGACAGCUUCUCUCGUACGCCGACCUCGUCUUCCGAUACCAGCAGCGUCUGUUCCACUACACGGUGAUCUUCUUCGGCCAUUACGCUCGCGUCAUCCGCUUCGAUCGCUCUGGCGUUGUCGCCUCCGACAAAAUCAACUACGCGAAGGAUGGCUCCCGGCUCACAGAGUUUCUUGUUCGAUACUGCCGUAUGAAGGAGACGAACCGUGGGCACGAUCCGACGGCCACUCGUAUCGAACGCACCGAUGAUCUUUUCGAUAAGCUCAAGAAGCACGGGAAGAAAGCUGUGGCGGAGUCUCCCGAGGGCCACAUUCCCCAACUAUUCGAUGCUACUCUCGACGAGUCCUGGCCGUGGUGGAAGCUCGAGGUUUUCAACGAGGGGUACCGACACAUGGCAGUCGUGGGCAAACCGCACUUCCUGUCUGAUGGUAUCGUGGGGCGUGGAACUCGUGGUUACAUUGCCGUUCCUCUCAACAGCUCGGGAGAGCCCACCGGAUCCUUUGUGUAUCUGAAGGACGCGUGGCGGGUCAACCACCCCGGCAUGGAGAAGGAGGGGGAUGUCCUUCGCGCUCUCAAUAAAGCAAAGGUGCAUCAUGUCCCUACCGUUGUUUGUCAUGGCGACCUCCCGGGCCAAGACACGUUGUCCUACAACAAUUGGGCUCAAUACCAUUCCGACGAAACCCCGGAAAAAUGCCCUUUAAAGGCGCAUCAGCACUAUCGUGUCGUUGAAGCCGAGGUGGGGAAGCCACUCUCCCAGUUCGCCAACGGCCGUGAGCUUGUAGUCGCUAUACUGUGUUGCAUUGUCGCCCACAAGGAGGCGUGUGCAGCGGGCUAUAUCCACAGAGACAUAAGCGCCGGUAAUAUCCUUCUUUACAAGAACGCCAGUGGUCAAUGGGUUGGUCUCCUCAAUGACUGGGAAUUGUCAAAAGCGUACAUCGAUGACAAGACAGAAGAAGGGAAUCGCCAGGCCGAUAGAACUGGGACAUGGCAGUUCACAUCGGUGCACGCUCUCGUAGAUCACACGAAGAUCAUCAAGAUCCCCGAUGACCUCGAAUCCUUCUUCCACGUCAUGCUCUACUUCGCUAUCCGCUUCCUCCCUCAUAAUUGCCCGCACGGCGCCGGCCAGCUGUUGUUCAGCUGCUUCGAUGACUACAGUCCCGGCGAAGCGGGUUUCACUGCGGGUGCCGCGAAGUCUGCUGCAAUGCACACUGGCGAGAUC